AUGACAAUUGUUUGUCACGAUUCUGGGCUAACUCGCAAGAAAGAAGAGCAGAUUCCCCACAUCGUUUCGCUGCAGGCGGUUUUCUGCCUCAAGCUCUUCUCAAAGCCAGGCUCGGCGCAAACUGUGCAAACUCGGCCAGAAGUGGCAGUCGGCCGAAUCCCAUCGCCAUUUAAUUCAUCCACCAAAGCCUCCUCAACCGGUCCAAAUGAGGAAAGGUUGCUGGAUUGCAACACCAGGCUCACUAAAUAG